CUCUCGGCGGGCGCGGCAACGCUGCGCAUCAACGUCGGGGCGGCGGCGGGCGCAGCCAGUAGCGCAACCAUGUACGGCAUCAUGUUCGAGGACAUCAACUUCUCGGGCGACGGCGGGCUGUACGCCGAGCUGAUCCGCAACCGCGCCUUCCAGGGCGCGUCGACGUCGGUGAGCCCGUGGACCGCCGUCGGCGGCGCGCGCCUGUCCCUGUCCACUACCCAGCCGCUGUCGUCGGCUCUGCCCAAGGCGCUGGCUGUGGCCAGCGGGUCGGGCGCCGUCGGCUUCGCCAACCCGGGCUACUGGGGCUUCGACGUCAAGGUCCAGCCGUAUACGGGGUCCUUCUACGUGCUCGGCGACUACGCCGGCAACUUCACGGCGUCGUUCCAAUCGAUCGGGUCCAAAGAAACACUGGGUAGUGUUGACGUCGUGUCGGCUGCCACGUCGGCCGGCUGGGUGCAGCACAGCUUCACGCUGGUCCCGACCAAGGCGGCGGCAAACUCCAACAACACCUUCAGCAUCACGUACAAUGCGUCGGGCGUCAAGGGCGGCUCGCUGAGCUUCAAUCUCGUCAGCCUCUUUCCGCCGACGUACAAGAACCGGCCCAACGGGCUGCGCAAGGACCUGAUGGAGGCGCUGGCGGAGAUGAAGCCGUCGAUUCUCCGGUUCCCCGGCGGCAACAACCUCGAGGGCGAAGCGCCGCCCAACUACUGGAAGUGGCAGAACACCGUCGGACCGCUCAAGGACCGGCCCGGCCGCAUGGGCACGUGGUCCUACCAGAAUACGGACGGGCUGGGGCUGGUCGAGUACAUGCAGUGGUGUGAGGACCUGGGCAUGGAGCCGCUCCUCGCCACAUGGGCCGGGCUGUACCUGGGCGGCUCGCUGACACCGCAGAGCGGGCUGCAGCCGUACGUGGACGACUUCCUCGACGAGCUCGAGUUUCUGAUGGGCGACGCGGCCACGACCAAGUACGGGGCGCAGCGGGCGUCCAUCUUGGGGCACGCGCGGCCGUGGCGCGUCAACUUUGUCGAGAUCGGCAACGAGGACAACCUCAAUGGCGGCCCGGCCUCGUACACGGCCUACCGCUUCCCCAUGUUUUACAAUGCCAUCAAGGCUAAGUACCCCAACAUGACUGUCGUCGCCAGCAUGGAGACCAAGUCGCUGCCCGGCGACGCCGCGCAGGACUACCACACGUACUCGCAGCCCAAGUCCAUGAUCGGCGACUUUGCCAAGUUUGACCGCUACGACCGCAAGCACAAGGUCAUUGUCGGCGAGUACGCCAACAUCAACCGGGACUCGGCGUCCAACAUGUGGAGCAACCGGCCGCUGUAUCCGUUCUGGAAGGGGUCCGUUUCAGAGGCGGUGCUGGCCAUUGGCGCCGAGCGCAACGGCGACGUCGUCAUCGGGCUGACGUACGCGCCGCUGUUCUGCAACCUCAACAGCCACCAGUGGACGCCGGAUCUGAUUGGCGAUGACUGGACAGCGUACACGGCCGACCCCGCGCAGACGGUCAAGAGCACCAGCCACGCCGUCAUCAAGCUCCUCUCCAGCGUACGCAUCACACACCUCCUGUCCAUGACCGGCGACCCACCCAAGCCCGUAUACUACGUGGCAGGCCUCAACGCUGCAACGGGAUCGCGCGUCGUCAAGACAGCCGUGUACGGCAGCCCGAGCGAAGCGGCCGUGUCCAUGACGGUGGCAUUUGCUGGCGACGCCGUGGCCGCCGGCGCCGCGGCCACGCUCACCGUGCUCACGGCGCCCGGUGGCGAGAAUAGCAGCAAUGCCGUCGGAAGCAUCGCUGCCGUCAAGACCGAGACGACGACGCUCACUGCUGGUGCUGGUGGUGUUUUCACGUACUCCCUGCCCGACCUCAGCGUUUCUGUGCUCGAGGUCAAGGGU